AUGAUAACAAACUUGUUUUCUGUUUUUGACCCUUCAACAACAAUUUUAAAUUUAUCAUUAAAUUGAUUAAGAACAUUCUUAGGAUUAUUCCUAAUUCCAGUUUCUUAUUGAUUAAUACCUAAUCGAUUCCAAGUAAUUUGAAAUAAUAUUUUAUUAACUCUUCAUAAAGAAUUCAAAACUUUACUAGGACCUUCAGGACAUAAUGGUAGAACAUUAAUGUUUAUUUCAUUAUUCUCAUUAAUUAUAUUUAAUAAUUUUUUAGGUUUAUUCCCUUAUAUUUUUACUAGUACUAGUCAUUUAACUUUAACAUUAGCUUUAGCUUUCCCUUUAUGACUUAGUUUUAUAUUAUAUGGAUGAAUUAAUCAUACUCAACAUAUAUUUGCUCAUUUAGUUCCUCAAGGAACUCCUCCUGUUUUAAUGCCUUUUAUGGUAUGCAUUGAAACAAUUAGUAAUGUUAUUCGACCUGGAACUUUAGCUGUUCGAUUAACAGCUAAUAUAAUUGCUGGACAUUUACUGUUAACUUUAUUAGGUAAUACAGGUCCUAUAGCAUCAAAUUAUUUAAUUUUAUCAUUAAUUUUAACUACUCAAAUUGCUUUAUUAGUAUUAGAAUCAGCCGUAGCAAUUAUUCAAUCAUAUGUAUUUGCUGUAUUAAGAACUCUUUAUUCAAGAGAAGUAAAUUAA